AUGGACGCUACUGCUCCCUCACACCCAUACUACCCCCGGACGGCGUCCAUACCGACCUAUGUCGCCAAUGAGUCGUCCGUGCUGCGACUCCUCAUGACCUUUGGUCUCAUGGUGGGCGUGGUGAUAGGCCUGGCCUAUUGGCAGACGAUUCAGAGCCCAUUACGCCUGCGUCCGAUUGACCGCUUCGCCGUCAUGUGGUUUGCCUUGUGUUGGUACUUCCCCAGCCGUGAUGCCGUGUCUGUCAUCCCUGAGUUGCAGACUGUGUUUGGACAGCUGUGGAAGGAGUAUACGCUCUCAGACUCUCGAUAUUUGACGUCUGAUGUGUUUACCGUUUGUGUUGAGACCAUUACCGCCUUGGCAUGGGGCCCUCUCAGCUGGCUCACCUACUUCGCCAUCCUGACCAACUCGCCUUACCGCCACAUCAACCAAGUCAUCGUAUGCACGGCACACCUGUACGGCGUUGCCCUAUACUACGGCACCAACUUGGGCGAUUUUCGCACCACAGGGGUUUCGUAUAGUCGGCCUGAGGCGCAAUACUAUUGGGUAUAUUAUAUUUGCCUUAAUGCGCCUUGGGCCGUGGUACCAUUCGUUUUCCUCUAUGACAGCUAUAAGCAGACGGCCAGGGCUUUCCGCGCUCUGCAGGCGCCGGAAGCCGAGCGCAAGGCGCAAUAA